ACUUGAUACACACUUCAUUUUAGACCAAAAUUAUACUCGUAUUUCAUUACGGAGUACAAUAUGCGUAGGAGUCAAGACCGACUACGACAUUCAAACGUUAUCAAUUAAUGACACUUCAAUGUGUGACACCAACUCCAGAAACCAAAAAUUCAGACUAGUUUACACAUCUUGUAUGGAUAAAUAUUUACAUCUACCCCUACUUUCAUACUACAGUCAAACUGCAAAACUGAUGAAUGAAGUCUCCUUUACAAAUGCCUUUAAAUAAAAAAAAAACUUGAAAUGAAAUAAAGAUAGUAACAUUAGUAAGUAAUCUGAUAUCUGCAGAACUAUACAUCAAUACAUACAUCAUGUCUAUUUAAAGCACCCUUUCUUCUUUUGUUACACUUUGUUCUUUUAUUCAUAUCAUAUCUAUGCUCUUUACUUCUUUACUUCUUUACUUCCCUAAAAACCCUGUUUUAUUAAUGUCAUACUCAAAGCUACCCUUAAAACUAGCUAGCUUCAUUUACACUCAAUAAGAGUUAUUCAAUGGCUUUUCAUGUGUAUCAUCAUCAAACAUUUCUUUUAUUUCUUCUUCUUCACGUAUUUUUCUUUCAGUAUAACUCUUGUUCAUGUUAUGCUCAAUUUUCUGAAGUUAAUGAUCAGAAGGUUGAUUUAACUUUGUAUUACGAGACACUUUGCCCGUAUUGUUCGUACUUUAUUGCCCAUGAUUUGGUAAAACUCUUCUCUAAUGGCCUCAUUUCCAUAGUCAAUCUUAGGUUGGUUCCUUGGGGUAAUGCUGCUGUUGAGCCUUCUGGCUAUUUCCAAUGUCAGCAUGGAUCAGGAGAGUGUUUGCUGAAUGCUGUUGAAGCUUGUACCAUUGAUGCUUAUCCUGAUGUUAACAAGCACUACUUCUUGAUCCAAUGCAUAGAAAGUCUAGCUUAUCAGCAAAGAGAAGCGGAGUGGCAAAGUUGCUUCAAUAAAGUAUCACUUGAUUCCAAGCCCAUCUUCGACUGCUACAAUCAAGGAAAUGGUCGAGCGCUUGAAGUACAGUAUGCAUAUGAAACUAGUCAGCUAAACCCACCUCACGAGUACGUGCCAUGGGUGCUUGUCAACAAUCAGCCACUCCGGGAGGACUACCAAAAUUUCAUGGCGUACAUCUGCAAAGCAUACAGAGGCACGUCAAUUCCUGCAGCUUGUAGUACGGCAGAGUUCAUGAUCAGCUCGUUUGGUGACAAGGCAAUGGAUACAUCUCAACAGGUGAGCUAUGUAGGAGGCCUGCAGAACUUGACCUCAUUUAUGCCAACUGAAAUUCUUCAGCAGAAUAGAGAAGUGUUCAACUGAUAAGCCAAAAUGAAGCACUAAGUUUCAAGGCAAAAGGCACUAAGGCCUGGCCUAGUAGUGAGCUUAGCUUGUGACACAUCCCAUAUGUUAGCUUGCUGAUUUGAAGUAUCAACUAAUGUAUGAGUGCAGAAAAGGCGCACGAUUGCGAAUUCUAUUGCAAAUUUUUAAUCAAAAGUUCUAUUAAUUGGCUUAAUUAUAUAUGCACAAAUCUCAUAGAAUGGCUAAGA